GAUUCGUCUCGCUUCACCGAUCUACAGUAAUAACAGUAUAGACGACUACCUGCCCUCUUACCUCAUAUAAAAUUAGGUCACAUCAAUUGUAAUAUGUCUGAAGAACUUUGCAAAGAAAAACAUUACAUCGCAAAGUAUCCGACAUUUGCUACUUUCAAGCGAGGUGGAGCGGUAGAGAUCCAUGUCGGUGGAGUGUGUGUGUCUGAAGUAGUGAAUUUUGCACGAAACAGCAUUUGGGCACCUAAUCUGGAAACUCUGAAUCCGAGUUCGUUUCCCAGUUGUCUCAAAGAUGGACAUACUUGGGUUGUUGACUUUUACGCUCCGUGGUGCCCACCUUGUAUGCGUCUUAUUCCUGAAUUCAGAAGAGCCAGUAGUCUGGUUGGUGGCAUAGUCAAAUUUGGCUCUCUGGAUUGCUCCGUUUAUCGCGACCUCUGUGCCUCUUAUGACGUUCGCUCAUAUCCAACAAUAAUCUUUUAUAAUUAUUCAACUCUACAUGCGUACACUGGUCAGUUUGUCAGCCGUGAUAUCGCCACAUUUGUUGAAGAUGUUCUUCGCCCUCCAGUGGUUGAUUUGACGAUCGACAAUUUCGAGUUGCUGGUGUUGAACAGACCUGUAACAGAAAUAUGGCUGGUGGAUUUUUUCGCUUCGUGGUGCGGUCCUUGCAUUCAGUUGGCACCCCAGUGGCGUUCACUUGCCAGAAUGCUCGGCCCUUUAACUAACAUCAACGUCGGAUCAGUGGAUUGCGUCACCCAGGAAUUGCUCUGUACCCAACACAAUAUUCGUUCCUAUCCAACCAUUCGGAUGUAUGUUAUGGGAGGACGCUCUGGUGAAAUCAUUACCUACAACGGCUUCCAGCGGGACGCAUAUUCGCUACGCAGCUGGCUGGUCAAUUCGCUACCAUCGUCGGUUUACGCUCUGGGCGAUUACAACUUCGCGGACCUGGUGCUCCGUUCCAGUACUCCUUGGGUGGUUGACUAUUACGCGCCGUGAUGCGGUCCUUGUCAAGUGUUUGCAGUGGAAUUCGAAUUAGCCGCCAAGCAACUGGACGAUGGCCGCCGUCUGAAAUUUGCCAAAGUCAAUUGUGAUAGCUUCCCAAAUGUGUGCCGAAAUGCUGGCGUUCAAUCCUACCCGACUGUGCGAUAUUAUCCGGGUAAAACGGGAUGGUCGCAUCAGAGUCCCUUCGGCAUCCCGUUUGUCAACGACCGCAGAAAAGUGGAGGACCUCGUGGAGUGGCUCGAAGAACUCCUGGUUUCUCAUUCUCCUAGUGCCUCUGAUAACAAAGUUGCUUCCAGUCGUGACGAGCUCUAAGUCACUAACCUGAUCUUGUCAAAAUAUUUUUCCGAUCAAUCUCUUGCACACUCGCCAAAUCAAAAUCUCACUUUAUACAAUUUUGUUAUUUUCCCAAUGAAAAAUGAAUUGUGCUUAUUGCAUACUUAAGAAACGCUUUUUUGCCUGUUCUGCCCAUACUUAAUAAAAAUGUUUUUGGAUUAUACGAAA